CUGCCCCGGGUCACGUGCUUAGGCGCCAUAUUGGCUCGGCUGGCUGGGGCAGCGGGAGGGGGUGUGCUACAGUGGCUCUCGAUCUCGGGGCGUGGUUUUCAUCCUGGGGGAAGGGUCGGUAGAGUGUGAAGGGAGGUGGAGGAGAUGGCGGCGACGGCGCGGGAAGAUGGCGCCUGCGGAGAAGCGCAAGGGCGGCGCGGCUGCGAGCAUUAUGACAGAGGAUGUCUCUUGAAGGUGACGGCUUCAAUGGGCUCUUCCCCGAAGAGCCUCCGCCGGGCGCCUUGCUGUGACAAACUUUAUACUUGCCGGUUGUGUCAUGAUAACAACGAAGAUCAUCAACUAGACCGCUUUAAAGUAAAGGAAGUGCAGUGCAUGAACUGUGAAAAAAUUCAACAUGCCCAGCAGACUUGUGAAGAAUGUAGCACAUUGUUUGGUGAAUAUUAUUGUAGUAUAUGCCAUCUUUUUGACAAAGACAAGAAGCAGUAUCAUUGUGAAAACUGUGGAAUUUGAUUGGUCCAAAAGAAGAUUUUUUCCACUGUUUGAAAUGUAACUUAUGCCUUGCUAUGAAUCUCCAAGGAAAACACAAGUGUAUUGAAAAUGUCUCCCGGCAGAAUUGUCCAAUAUGCCUGGAGGACAUCCACACCUCUCGUGUUGUUGCUCAUGUUUUGCCAUGUGGGCAUCUUUUACAUAGAACAUGUUAUGAAGAAAUGUUGAAAGAAGGCUACAGAUGUCCGUUAUGUAUGCAUUCAGCGCUCGACAUGACUCGGUACUGGAGACAGCUGGAUGAUGAGGUAGCACAGACUCCUAUGCCAUCAGAGUAUCAGAACAUGACUGUGGAUAUUCUCUGCAAUGAUUGCAAUGGACGAUCCACAGUCCAGUUCCAUAUAUUAGGCAUGAAAUGUAAUAUUUGUGAAUCCUACAAUACUGCUCAAACUGGAGGACGUAGAAUUUCACUAGAUCAGCAAUGACCAGCCUCUAUAUACUACACUGGAAAACAGCAUUUUCUGCUAUAUAAAAAGGCUUUCUGUAGUAUCCUGUUGUUCAUAAUGUGUCACAAUCUUGCAUUAAAGUUGAUGUGUUUUUUUACUAGUGUCUCAGCAUAAAAUCAUGUUACAAAUACUUAAGGAUUCAGGGCCUCUGUAUAGAAUUAUCAUAGCUGUAUAUUGCAUGAAAGCCACUGCACUUGUGUUUUGAUUGGAAACCCCAUUUAUGUCAGUUCUAUGGAAGCCAGUGAUGUUUGCCGUUGAAAUUCGUAUUCAUAGACGUAUCUUAUACUUCUGUGGAACUUUGCUUUAAGUGACACUGUGCACGCAGAGUUCAUUUCUAGUUCUUGAUAGAACUGCACUUAAUUCUCAGUAUUAUUCUUGAUUUUUUUAAGGGCUGUGCUAUGAGAAUAGGUUCUAUCUUGCUCUAAAGAUCUAAUUACAUAUCCUUUAGAAUUUUCUAAAACAGUCCUGUAAAUGUGAAUUUUAAUGUAAUUGCUAAUAAAAUUAUAUUGAAACAAUGUUUUAUAGAACAUUUUUUCCAAGGUUCUCUGUUUUUGGUUCAAUUAAGACAGUAUAAUCUGUUUUAUAAUGUAAAAGAAAUCAAGUUGUCUUUUCUUUCUCUUGAGAUAUUCUAUAAGAGUAGUUGGGGAAACUGUUUUUGUAAAAUAAUAGAACUCUUCCAAGGCCUUAAU